AUGGUAGAUACGCAACACUUUUGUCUGCGAUGGAACAAUUACCAAAGCAGUAUAACGUCGGCGUUUGAAAACUUGAGGGACGAUGAGGAUUUUGUGGACGUCACACUGGCCUGCGAUGGCAAAAGCCUCAAAGCGCACCGCGUCGUACUCUCCGCUUGCAGUCCCUACUUUAGAGAAUUGCUCAAGAGCACACCGUGCAAACACCCGGUGAUAGUACUUCAGGACGUGGCGUUCAGCGAUUUGAACGCUUUGGUGGAGUUCAUCUAUCACGGGGAGGUGAACGUGCAUCAGCGUUCCCUUAGCAGUUUUUUGAAGACCGCCGAAGUCCUCAGGGUAUCGGGGCUUACGCAACAGGCAGACCAAACAGACAGGGACGAGCUAUCCCAUGUACGCGCGUUGGCUGCCGGCGGCAAUCACCUUCCUUUCCACGAAAAAUCGGAGGAGAGCUUUCCCAGGGGNGGCUCCCCGCCCGCGCCAGUGACACCGACGCCGACGCCGACGACCGUGCAACAAUUGUUACGCAGAGCGCAGAUACGCAGGAACGAGAGACGAACGCCCGACCCGCACGAUGAGUCCGCGAAGAAGCCGAGGGUGCCGUCGCCGCCGCUCAACAACAACGACGCGACGCCCACGGAUUUCUCGAUGGUGAAGAACAACCAUCUGUCGAGCAAGGUCGAGGGAAACGGCGUGCACGAGGAGAACAGCCCGCUGGAAGACAACAUCAAGUGCGAGCCAUUGGAGCUGACAGGUGGCCACAGCGGUAACGGCGGCAACAAUGAGGACUCGUCCGAUUCUGGCGCCGCGGCGUCCGAUCGACCACCGGCGUCCGCGAGCAGUAACGAGCACGAGGUAGAACCAGAGCACACGUCCACGCCGAAUUUUUUGUCCGAGACGAAAAUCUUCCCGCCUACGCCUGGGAGCUUUAAUUUCAGUAUGGCGGCUCUAGCCAGCGAACAUACACCGUUGUCAGUGAAAUUUCCAGGAAUUGGCCACGGGUUGCAACCACCGGACUUGGCUGGAACUUCGCAAGACCGGGAGGUCGCCGAGGAGGACGGGGGUUGGCAGUCCGCUACCAACGGAGACAGUCAACAACGGCAAAUCGGCGAAUCGAGCCAAAGUACAGGGGCUAGUCAGUGCGAGGUGGUGCAGGCCGGCCAACAGCACCAGGACCUCCCCAUUAUCGAUCUCUUAGACGACAUUCACGAUCAGAUGCAGAUCGUGCUCAAGUCGGAACCUCUGUCGCCCAAGAUAGACGAGUUCGAGUCCUGUUUGCUCAACGAGCAGAUUGAUCUACAGUCGGAUCGCGGCUCGACGAACAACGCGAACGGCCAACAGGCUCGCCAGAGUAACGGGAACAACAGGCAACACCAGCAGCUACGAACGUUGCCCAACGAAUCCGUUCCCUUCGCUGAUUUGCGCUGGCUAACGCAGAACGGGAACCUCCAGUCGACCUCGAAGAUUCGCGAGCAAGAGCUCAAGUACACGAAUCGCUCGAUCAGCGGCACGUACUGCAGCUUCUGUCAGAAGACAUUCUCCCGCGCGUGGUCCCUUCAGAGGCACCUGGCGGACACGCACUUCUACGUACCGCAGUCGCUCUCCUGCGACCAGUGCGGCAGGAGUUACAAGUCCAGGAACAGCCUGGUCAGUCACAAGAGCCAGUACCACGCGAGGAAAGAACGGAAGGAGCACGAGGAACAGUGCGAGGUCACGUAUUGA